AAACCCUACCGUUCUGCCACCUAUCAAAUAUGUAUAUUUGUAUUUCUUAAAUUGAAUGCAAUAAAGCUCAGACAGUCGAUAAGGUCUAAAUCCGACGACAGAAGCGGAAUUAGAUCGAUACAAAUUACAUAAAUGUAACUAUGAUACACCCAAACACAACAGUGACGUCACUGACCCCGCCCACCUGCGCAGACGCGCUGCGCGGUGGUCCCUCCCCAGUGUGUUUAUCAUGUUGCCAGGCGAGCGCACAACAAUAACACUCGACUCACGUUGCUGUUUUAUUCAGUUUUCAUAGCGUCAAGAGAAAGUUCAGGUCAUUUCUUGUACGUGGGAACGUAUAUCAGAGUCCCAUUAACAUUGUGGGACAUCAAGAUCAAGGUUUGUGAUCAUUCGUGAGGAUUUUAGGCGGGAAAAGCAUCAGUGAAUAGUAGUAGCACUGUGAGUUUAGUCAAUUAUUCCCGUGUGUCCACGAGUGUCCAAGAUGACCAGCUACAGACUCACGGACAAGGAUACCCUCCCGAGACUUCCUCGUGGCGGCCUGAGCAGUGCCCCACCUCGUGCCGGACUACAGACCCUGGACGACUCGGGGCUGGUGUACGAUAUCGGGAAUGAGCGGCCGUUCCUGGCACGCUCCACCCCGCCGGCUUCCCUCUACAGGACCGCCGCCGACCGCCCAGCUUCUCCCGGCGCCUCCGGACAGACAUGGAGACUCAUGCAGGAGAUGCAAGAACAGCUGAAACUCUACAAGAAAGAACUGGAGAAAAAGGAUGACUUGAUCACAUCUUUGGCAACUGGAAGUAAAGGACCAGAGACACCAAAGAUCAAUGGCUACUUCUCUUCGGGAGACCCUGCCUAUCCCCCCCAGCCCCCAGCCCAACCCCCACCCACAGGGGCGCGCACCCUGCACUACCGAAUGGCCGCAGAAAGUGCCACUGGUGAGCUGGCUGCCAUGCAGGUGAAGGCAGAACGACUUCAGGCAGAGCUGGGAGAGACCAAGAACAGAUGCGCAAUCAAAGACGUGCAAAUCCGAGACAUGGAGACGGAGAUCCAGAGCUACAAGGAGGACAACGCCCGCCAGGUGGCGCUGGUGCAGACCCUGCGGAACCGUAUCCGGGAGAUGGAGGACGAGACCGGGACGCUGUCCGUGGUGAAAGGGCGCGGGGAAAUCACGAUCCAGGCCCUGCAGAAGGAGAUGCGAGAGUACCAGGACAGGGUAGCCGAGCUGGAGGGAAGACUUAGAUUCAAGGAACGAAGACAGGUCACAUUUCUUACUGAUCAAAACUUCAGGAGUCACAUCUCCGAGCGCGAAGACGCAGAGCAGAAGUCGCAGUCCUGGGAGAGGAAGUAUCGUGACCUCUGCACGGAGGUCGGACGUUGCAUCAGUCUGGACACAGCGGCCGGGAGCAUCCCCGAUGUCAUUGAGAAGGUCACUCACAAGAUUAACACUAUCCUGGAAGAGAACACCAUGCUUCGCGGGAGACUGUCCACGCUGACUGAAGCGCUGAACAGCAGCGAGCUGGAGACCAAGGCGAGCAGGGAGACCAUCAUGAGGCUGGUGUCGGAAGUCGGCCGCGAGCAGCGAAACUUGUCUCAAAUCAACACCAGUACGGAGCAGUUGAGAAUGGACAGAGAGGAGGCCAUUCGGUCCAAAGAGGCGUUGGUUAGGGAGAACCAGCUUCUCAGGGAGCGCAUCGAGUCCAGCGAGAAGGCGUGGAAGUCGACACGAGACGAGCUGGAACACCGCGAGGGUCGCGUGCAGACCAUGGACGAGCAGCUGCGUACCAGCCAGUACACGGCCAAGGCGGCCCAGACACAGCUGGAUACGUUCAAACAGGCGAUCGCGUCACUUCUGAGUGACGGUCACGUCAUCAUCCACGAGAGGGAGGACGAUAUUAAGGACAGAAUCAGGUCCAUCAUGGGCUCCAGCAGGGACAAGCAGGCAGAAGCAGAGAUGCUUGAUCUGAAAGUGAAGGAGUUGACCAAACAGCUGGAGUCGCAGUGUGAGCUGCACCAGCAGGCCAUCCGCAGGGCCAAGAAGGCUGAGGCUGGGGUCGGCGACCUGAAGGACAGGCUGAACAACAUGGAGGGUGAGCUGUCCUCCGCAGAUGUGCUGAGAGAUGGGCUCAGGACGGAUAAACAGAGGUAUCUGGAGUUCCUGGAAAAGAUGGCGCGAGUGAUGAAGCUAGAUGAGAUUGCCCUGGAUGUCGGAUUUGACCUGAACGGUGACGCCCUCGUGGCACGAGCCCAGCAGCUGGUUCACAUGGAGGGAGAUUCGCUGAAGGACCGCACAACGCACGUCUACAACCUGCAGAGGAAGGUUAAGCAGCAGAAAGAACAGCUGGAGAGUAAAGAUCUUCACAUGGACCUACUCCGCAAGAAGAUUGGACAGUUGGAGGAGAAGCUGCAGGGUCGGAAUGAGCUUGCGUUGGAACGAGACGACGCGGCCAUGAAGAUCCGUAAGCUGCAGAAGCAGGUGGAGCGGCUGCAGGGACAGCUGGGGAAUGCUCGCCACCAGAACACCGAGCUCAAGGCCAAGCUGCAGGAGGUCACCGACCUGAAGGUCAGGACCCUGCAGCAGAAGGACCACAUCAAGGAGCAGGAGGAUGAACUCCUUAGGCUACGUCUUAUGAAGGAGAAGCUGGGGAAGAAGGUCAGCAACCUGAAGUCUGAGAUCCAGAUGACCGAGGCUGAGAGUGAGGAGACCAAGGUGUUGUCGUCCAACACUGUCCAGGCUCUGUCCAACGAGCUCAGGAGCACCAAACUGGCACUGGAUGAAGUGGCCAGGAGGGAAAAGGAGCUUGUUGACUUCCGCCAAGUCAUCGCGAGAAUGCUCGGCCUGGAGAUCCACACUCUCGCCGUGCCAAACUACGAGAUCAUCGCCCGGCUAGAGAAACUCGUCAACGCGCAUCACGCGCACACCGCGACAACGCUCGGCGUGGAAACGGCUCUGGACGACAACUUCGUUGCAGGGUACGAGGAUGCAAGAAGGUUUCUUAAGACGAGCCCAAGAAGUCCAAGACGCGCUCGAUCGGUAUCACCGGCAAGAAGAUACUACCAAACUCAAUAGUAUAUGUUGUAAACAAUCAUUUUGUCUGUCUUGUCUUGUAUAAAACCGUACAGACUGAUACAACUUUGUCAUCUAUUUUUCUUGAGACAAUUUUUUGUGCAUGUCAAUUGUCGAACAACUGCAUGGGGAGGAAUAUGAAUAUACUAUACAACAUUUUGUGGUAGAAGUUUAUAGAAUUGUAGGAAAUGUGGAAGUUACAUGUAAGACCAAUGCAGUGUGCCUUUAAAGAUGACAUGUACAUGCCUUUAAAUAAUGUUCAGACAUUUCACAGAUACGAAUCCCUAGUACAGGCUGGGUUUUGAUCCUCUAGAGUAAGGCAUGAAUAACCCUUGCUUCAGGAAAUAGGCUUAUGUACAUGUACAAUUAUGGUGGAAUGCUUUUGUAAGUCAUGAGCAGCUACAUAUUAUGAUAACUAUAAUAUGCAGUGCUGUAUAUAUCCUUUUGGGACGGUACGUCCUUGAUGCAUAAGGGCUUUUGUACAAUACGAAUCUUUGGUAGAUAACUACAAAGACUGAUAAGAAAAUGAUCAUUUAGAUUCUAUAGAGUUGCCUAAUGAAUGAUUCGUGCAAUUUUUGAUUAUUUUUGCUUGUAGAAUUUAUUAUCAUCACAAUCAUGGCACAUGUCAGUUGUAAUGUACUGGGGCAGGCCAUUAUUUUUUCCAUUGUCAGAAGUAUGUAUCAAAUUUAUUAGUAGUUUUGGGAAAUUUUAGGACUUGCUUCUGUUACUGAAGCAUGAGAAUAUGGUAAAAUAUGGAGAUGAAGAUAUCACAUCUCUCAGAAUAUUGAAACAUAUUUAGUAAUGUUCCUGAUGUUUUCUAAUGCAUGUUUGUGCAUUAAGGAAACAUUGAGAUUUUGUACAUAUUAGACAUUUUUAUUAAAGCAUAAGACUUGGA